UAUAAGAGUCUGAACCAGAUGAAUCAUAAAAUCAACGAAUCAAAGUCAGUUGACUUCCCAGAGCAUUCCAAACCACGAUACAGUGGAAGUUGGGAGUCAUCGUCGUUGGUUCUUCUUUCUGUCAUCACUGACGUUGAUUCUGCGUCCUCUAUUUGGUAAGCUAACGUUUUGGAUGUUUUAAGUUAAAUCUCUAAAACCAUGCUUUUAGUGAAAUAGAUGCACAAUAUGAUAAAUUCACUAAAUCUUGAUGUUUAAAAGCAUCAACACAAAAGAUAUUCAACGGAAUUGUCAAUCUAUAAAUUUACUUUCUAAAAAAAACGAGAGAGUAAUACUUUUUUUUUACAACAAAGGGUAAUACUUUCUUGAAAGAUUAUGUAUAAUAUUAAUGUCGACGCCAUAUUAACAUUUAACAAAAAGAAACCUGAAACUAAUAAAACAAAAUUCCCACACUAAUCUCUAGUAAUCAGUUCACAAUUCAAUAAUUGGGCACAAAAGAAAAUAAAGAAAACUUAAAAGCAAAAACAAAAAUUAACUCUCAAAUAGAUCACACUAUUGUUUCAGCCAUGUAAAAAAAAUUAUUGCGGUUACCAGUAAUCGAACCCGAACCUCAGGAUUAUUGCAAGCUAAAGUCCACACCAAUGCACCAUUAGCUCUUUCGUGUAUAAUUCUUGCCAAUGACUAAUAUUAUACGUUUUAAUUUGUUCAUAAAUUUCAGGGCGCUCAACAUCGCUGCACUGUCUUCGUCCCUGUUCCCAGAAAUCUGGCUAUUCUUCCCCAAACCCAGAAAUCGAACGACCAGGCAUCGCCAUAAACUCUCCUUCAUAUAGUUUCAUCGUCGAAUUCAAUCUUCGUCGGGGUUGUGGGUGGGUGGUGGUGGGUGGGGGGGGGGGGUGGGGGUGGAUGAAGAGGCCGACGGCGAUUAGAGAGGAUUUCGAUUCAGACAUAUGCAGGGGAUGAAUAGCGGCGAUUAGAGAGGAUUUCGAUUCAGACAUAUGCAGGGGAAGAAUAGCACCAGGAAAGAGAACGAGUGGAAGAGGGAAGAGCGGAGCUCGACGAAUUCGUCGUCCCCGGAACCGCUGGGUUCUUGCUACCAGUCGAUGACCUUCGAUCGCAUCCGACGCGGAGUGUCGACUUCAGUGGCGGAGGCCCGAACUAAGAACGCGCUGCUCUUGAGCGGAGCUGGAGUCGCCGCCGGAUCAUGAAAUCCCUCCGGAACCGACAGCACCUGCACGGAAUUGGUGAUCGAGAUUGCUCUAGACGAUUGAGUACUUCAAGACAAGGUCCAGCCAGUACAGCUCACAUAUACGAACUAAAGAGACAGCUGGAUGGAGGAUUCCAUGUUCCUAUUUCGACGAAAUCGAUGGCUGAAGGCGGGGAACCCAGCUCCCGAUUGACCAGUGACGCUCGGGUUUUUGCAAAGGGGAUUUGGCGAUUGGGGAUCUAAAGUUUAUGACGGCCGAUCUGAAUCAGAGGAGAAAGAGAGUUCAAGGAACAUAGGAUUUACAAGUAAAAACCUCACUCUCACCUCUGCUGAAAAAGAUGAAGGAGAUGGAGAUGAGAUGAAUGAAAGAUAGAAUAACGACAAACUGGGUUCUAAAUUGUAGUCGGUAGGAGCAGACGAGCAGUGGUUGUAGUUGUAGAUAAUUCUAAACUUUAGGUGUUAUAAACUACUGAUUUGGAGAAAAGAGUACUAUGAUUCAUAUAAUUACAAGUUAAAGGAUUAAUUUGAGCGUAAUGCACUAUAAAAAUUGAUAUGAGACUAAAAUGUAUACAAGAAUAAUUGAGUCAGUAUGAUUGUAAUUAUAUUUAUUACUAAUAAUUAAUUGAUUAUAAUUAAAUUAAAAAUAAUUAAUAAUUAAUUAAUAGGUGUGAACACAGGCGUACGCAAUACACCAGGUGUACGCUAGCAUUUGCCAUAUAUAUAUAUAUAUAUUAGCCUUCAAAGCAUAUAAGAAUAAAUUUAACUAGUCAUGCCCUCCAUAUAAAAAUUAAAUAUUCAUAUUUCAAAGGCUAAAAUUUUGAAAAACCAAAAAUUUGAAAACGCCAAUUUUUUUCAUUAUUUCUUUUCACAAAAAAAAAAUUUACUAAAAUUUCCCUCCUUCUUUCUCCUUCCAUAAAUUAGAAACACUCAAUUUUCCCUCUUCAUUCUCUUUCCAAAAAGUUGAAUACACCAAAAUUUUCCUCUUAUUUUAAAAAUAUCAAAUUAUCAAAUACAUUACUUUAAUUUAUUAAUAUUUACUUGAUAAUUUUAUUGAAUAGUUAAAUUAAUUAUAAUUUUAAUUUAUAUAUUAUAUUAAUAUUGUUCAUGAUCUCAAUUAUUAAUUCUUCAUUAUUAAUAUUGACAUUAUGUUGAUUUUAUAUUAGUUUUUUAAUUUUAUUAAAGAACUGAGUGUUCAAGUGACCUUCAUGUUUCAAGUGAGUUUCAUAUUUUUUUAAAUUUCCUAUACGAAAUGAAAAAUAAUUUUACAUAAGUUUAGAAUGAAAAACUUUAUUUUGAAAAACUAUGUAUUGUAUAUUAUAAUAAUUAUUCAAGUGGAUUAGGUGAAGUUCGGGUUGAGUCGGUCGGGUUACAGGUUAGUCCGGCUUAGGUCAAUCGGGUUCGGGUUAAUCGGGUUGCGGGUCAGUCGGGUUGUGGUUCAAUCGAGUUCGGGUUAAUUGGGUUUGUGUCAGUCGGGUUGCGGGUUAGUCGGGUUGCAGGUCAGUCGGGUUGCGGGUCGAACGGGUUACGGAUUGUUGACUUUUAGUCAAUUCGGGUUGCGGUCGGGUUGCGGAUUGGGUUGAUCGGACGGGUUAAUCCGGUCUUGAUAUGUUUUGACACCUAUAAUAUUGAAUACACAUAUUGAAUGCAAAAAAAUAGGUUGAAAUAACGUAAUAAAGUAAAA